UCUGUCAAUGUCAAAUAAAAGACAGUCCGGAAAUCAAAACAAUAUUAUUCGCGCUCGUCACGUUUUGGUGCAAGAAUUUUGGAAUGUGCGACAAAUAUUUUGAUAAAAAACGUAAUAAUUAGGUAUAUCCACAUUCACUGCUACUUGUUUUACAAUAAUGGGGCGAAAAAUUCCCGCGAAGAAACAUCGUGGUGUCAAAGAUCCGCUUCAGCAACAGGCUAGACGACAUCAAAUCUUGAAGUCGAAGAUCAACGCGCCGCCCAAAGACCCGGACGAGCAGCCCGUGCCGCGCUCGCUCACCGAGCUGUUCUCGUUCCGAGAGCCCGGGGCUCGGAAACCGAAGCGGACAGCCGCGCCUGCUCCUGCAAAUGUGACCACGGGCAAAAGUAAUCCCGUGUCCAAGUUGCGUAAGAUGCCCGGGGAGUCCGGCCGCGGGUUCUCUCUACGGAUCAACAGUGCCAUCCGAACUCUCAACAAUCUUGAGGAGGCACAGGAUUAUCCUCAAGACUUAGAGGAGGAGGACGCGCGCGGGGAGCGCAUGGCGGCGCUGCGGGCGCGCCGACAGCGCAAGACCAAGGGCCAGCGGCGCGGCGAGCAGCGCCCCGCCAAGCUCUCGCACAAAGACCGUCUGCGGAUAAAGAAGGCGGCCGCUGAACAGGAGGCGCGCGCGUCGCAGCGGGAGCGGCCGCAGUACGAGCGCGUGGCGUUCGGCGACGUCAGCCACGCGCCGCCCGCGCUGCGCCCGCCGCGCGCCGCGCCGCUCGCCGCCCGGCCGGGGCGUCGCGACUUGUUGCUGAGUAAGCUGCUACCCGCGAAUACACCGAGCGCUCCGAGCGUUCCGAGCGCCGACCGCGAGCGCCGCGAGCGAGCGCGGCUCGACGCGGUCGCCGCGUACCGCGCGCUCAAGAAGGAGAAACGGAAACAAUCGCCAUAAAGUUAUCGUGUUGUUUAUAAGUUAAGCUUAAACAGAAAUAAUAUGGUGUUCGUUAAC